UUACCAGGUCAUAAAAUUUAAAAAAAAAUCGUUUUCGUUUCGCUUCGCGCCAAUUUUUCUUUCAGAUUCAUUGACCGAUAGUUCAUAGUCAGCCUGUUUUAGUUUGUCAUUUCAACUACCUCCUUUCGCAGUUUUGUCAUAAUUAAAUUACAGUAAUAAUUUUGUCCUCAGUCUUUAAAUUCCUACGUACGAUAUAUAAAAUGCCGAGUGCAAAUGAAGUAACUUUAAAAGUAACUCGCCUCACCGAACACGCUUUCCUGCCCGUGAAAGGGUCUGAAAAGGCUGCUGGGUUCGAUUUAAAAAGUGCAUAUGAUUACAUGGUACCUGCCCGUGGUAAAGAAUUAAUUAAAACUGAUCUUCAGAUAGAAUUGCCACCUGGAUGUUAUGGACGUGUAGCCCCACGUUCAGGUUUGGCAGUUAAAAAUUUCAUCGAUGUUGGCGCCGGCGUCAUUGAUGAAGAUUAUCGUGGUAAUGUUGGAGUAGUACUCUUCAAUCAUUCUGAUCAAGAUUUUGAUGUUAAAAAAGGAGAUAGAAUUGCACAAUUGAUCUGUGAACAAAUCUUCCACCCAGUGAUAGAGGAAGUUAGUAGUCUUUCAGAUACAACAAGGUCAGAACGAGGAUUUGGUUCAACUGGAAUGCAGUAAUUUAAAUGUUUUAAAAAUAAGGGUAUUGCUGAUGAAGGAGUCAAAACUUUAGUUUUAAAAAUGGUUAAUAACUAAUAACAUAAGUCUAAAAAAAUUUUUUUUGAAGUUUCUGUUUUGUAAGGAGAACAAUAAUUGAUUUUAGGUAACAAAUCAAUCUUGAGUAAAUGAAACU